GGUUAGGGUUUAUAACGUGUCGUACCAUUUUCAUUACAUUCCCUUUCCUUGCGACUCAAACAGCCGUGCCGCUUGGAACAAUGCCUAAGCAAAUCCACGAGAUUAAGGAUUUCCUUCUCACUGCCCGAAGGAAGGAUGCGAGGUCGGUGAAAAUCAAGAGGAGCAGAGAUGUGGUUAAGUUCAAGGUCCGAUGCUCCAAGUACCUCUACACACUUUGUGUGUUUGAUCCGGAGAAAGCUGAUAAAUUGAAGCAAUCACUUCCUCCAGGUUUGAGUGUUCAAGACCUGUAAAACGUACUGGGUGAGAGUCCAAGGAGAAGCAUUUCAUUCAUUCUUCUGAUGUUUGUUUCUCUGUAGUUGAAGCCUGGGAUUUUUGUGAGUUGAUGUUAUAUUUAGAUAAUUGCUAGGAGAUGGUUAUCUCAUUUGUUUUGAAAAAUGAAACUUGAUUUUAUGUCUAAUGGAAUAUUUCAGCGUUGUGGAACUAUAUACGUGAAUUCAUUUGUCUGUUUUAUUUUUUACUUUGCCUUUUUAGCAAGGCUACAAUAUCAGAUACUA